AUGUCACGAAGUUAUUAUACAUUUGUUCUACUUUGUUUCUUUGCUCUUAAUGUCAUAAUAAUUGAGAGUCGAUCAAUAUCCGAAGAUACUAUUAAAUCUAUUCUCAGUGAUCCAUUGAAUGAUGAUCAUCGAAAGUUAUUACAUGCUUUUACUGGUUAUCGUCAUCGCUUUGAACAAUCUUCUAAUUUCAAAGCACUUCGAUGGACAUUAGGAAAUCAAAAAAUGUCUGGAUUAUGUGAUCUUUGUGAUCUAGGCGUACCUCUAAUUCGAUUACUCCUUGAACUUAAUCAAACUAGUCUCAUUGACGAAGUAGUUGGCAUCUUUUGUAGAGAAUAUAUUUUACUUGAUGAAAAUGUCUGUCUUGGUGCUGCUCAUGAAUAUAUGGGUGUAAUGUUUCAAGUUGUUGAAUUAACUCAUUUUAAUAAUAAACAACUUUGUUCAUUAGCAUUUGAAUGUGAACCACAAAGAGAUUUUCCUAUUUUUAGUUGGAAUGUAACAUUUCCUGAUAAACCAAAACCAUCACCUAGACCGCCACAACCUCCAUCACCAGAUUCACCAAAAUUGAAUAUUCUUCAUUUGUCUGAUUUGCAUGUUGAUUUUUCCUAUAAACCAGGAUCACAAGCUGAUUGUUCACAACCUUUAUGUUGCAGAGCAGGUCAACCAGUUCCUGGUCAUAUAGGUGCUGGUUUUUGGGGUGAUUAUCGAAAUUGUGAUAUUCCUUUUUGGACAGCUCAAGCUCUAUUGAAAUAUGCUGCCGAGAUCGAAAAAGUAGAUUUUAUUUAUUAUACAGGUGAUUUACCAGCUCAUAAUGUUUGGAAUCAAUCUCUGAGACCUGGUUUAAGAUUGAUCUCACUCAAUAUGAAUUAUUGUUCGAGAGAAAAUUUUUGGGUGCUUAUUAAUACGACUGAUCCACUUGGUCAACUACAAUGGUUAAUUCAAUGGUUACAAUAUGCUGAAGAUCAUGAAGAAAAAGUACAUAUUAUUGGACAUCAUCCACCACGAUCUUGUUUAGCAUCAUUUGGAUGGAAUUUUUAUAAGAUUGUUAAUAGAUAUGAAAAUACAAUAGCUGGUCAAUUUUAUGGACAUACACAUUAUGAUGAAUUUUUAAUGUUUUACGAUGAAGAAGAUCAGAAACGUCCUGUAUCGAUGGCUUAUAUGGGACCAUCGUUGACAACAAGUUCGUAUUUAAAUCCCGGUUAUCGAAUCUAUUCAAUUGAUGGUGAAUAUCCUGGAAGUUCUUAUUGGGUACUUGAUCAUCGUACAGUAAUUAUGAAUUUAACUGCAUCGAAUAUAUAUAAUAAAACAAUUUUUAUUGAUGAAUAUGAUGCUCGUGAUGCAUAUCAAAUGGAAUAUUUAUUUCCUAAUGAUUGGCAUAAUCUUGUACAAAGACUACAAAAUGAUUUAGAUGGUUCAAUAAUGAGUUUAGUUUAUCAAUAUUAUACAAAAUCAUAUGCUAAUGGAAACCAAUGUGAUCAUAAUUGUCGUCGAGGACUUUUAUGCAGUUUCAUAAGAGCACGAGAAAAUGAUACUCAUGCAUGUGAUUCUAUUCCACCAUUACUUUUAUAA